UGCAAGAGAUCUUCAAUGAAAGACAUGUGGACUGACUGCAUUGCUCAAGAUGGAAACUCACAGGCCAGUAAGAUUGCAGGCCGCAGGAAGAGAACCAGCUUCACAAAAGAACACUUGGAGCUUCUCAAAAUGGCUUUCAACGUAGACCCUUAUCCUGGCAUUAGUGUCAGAGAAAGUCUGUCUCAAGCCACUGGCCUUCCAGAAUCACGUAUUCAGGUCUGGUUCCAGAACAAGAGAGCCAGAACCCUAAAGAACAGAGCCAUUCGGAGCUCCCCACAGCUGGAGAACACAUCUCCUCUUCCUAGCCCUUUCUUACCUCCUCACAUGGCUUCUGUGGGAGUCAGCGCUCAACAGAGAGGCAUUCAAGAGUCGCCCUUCAACAUCCAGAUGUCUCACACAUCUCCACAGCACUUUACCUUUCCUCCAAGCGACUACAGCACACCUGCUGUAAAGCCUCGACAAGCCAGACUGAUGGGAACCAGCUCUUAUUCUCCAUCUGAUCUGCAAGCAACACCAGACAGCUGGAGCUCUGGAGGAAGCAUACAGAUCUCUCCUGAGUCAUGGAAUGAAGCAGCAGAGAAUUUGGGGAAUUCCUACAAGGAUGAUAGUCAGUUUUUUCUCUAUCCACCACCUCCUUACCCUUAUGGAAGCACCAGAGUUGGAUGCGUUAGAAGCAUGGAGUCGCUUUCAACAUCUCCUGCGUCUUCUGAUUCUGCAUUUUGGGACAUGGGAUUGGAUAACUGCUCUCCAUCUGUGCCUUACACCAGCUGUGGCAGCCCAUGGGACAGGCUCACAGAAGAGCAGCCAGUGGCCCCUCUUCCAGAUCUGUCCUCUCAGUGUCUGGAGGAUGUGCUUGGGGAAAUGGAGCCAGCCUGGUGGAGCUUCAAUGGCCAGAUGGAUCUUCAGUAAUCUUGCAAACAUCCAUAACCUACAGAUACAAACAGUGU